GCGGGACUUGUCGGAAUACUGGUGUGAAGAAAAAAUAACUCGUGCUGGACCCUUGAUUACUCAUUCCGUCCAGGUACAGCGGAAGCCAACCGACCUGAGGUGCUCCGCUGCCGCUAUUCUUGUGUGCCUGCUCCAGAUUAUCGGUUCAUUUCGAGCAGCGUUAUCGUGCCUCCUUUGCAGCAGCCGCGGUUGUGCCUCAUAGGGAAUUACAGGAGUGGGAAUACGUAUUAUAUGAACGUUUUUGUGUUUCAGUGCACUCGCGCGGGGAAAUGAUGCAUUGAGGACGCGUCUUGUCUUCUGAGCUCCAUUACACCCAACUCGAUCGGCGCGAAGCAUCACAAAUGGCUACUCUUUUGCGGAAAAUCGGUCUAAUUCGACUGCACGACCGAGACACGGAGGACCCGAAGCAUCACCACCAGGGCUCACUGAAAGGGACUAAAGGCAACCAGAAGAGCAACAACACGAAGCACUGCAACACCAGCAACGAGACCAACAACAUCCUCAGCACGCCAGAAAUCAAACCCAGGCGCUUCGACGUGUCCGGCAAGGACAAGCCCGCCGUCAAACCGGACAAACCGAGCAAGGACACGAAUGAGAAGCAGCAAACGGGAGGCGGCAAAGCGACGAGCGGCUCCGUGAUGCCCCCGCCGGCGGCGAACCGGCAGCACUGCACCCAGGUGCGGACGCGGAGGCUGAUGAAGGAGCUGCAGGAGAUCCGGCGGCUCGGCGACAGCUUCAUCACGGUGGAGCUGGCGAACGAUAGCCUCUUUGACUGGAAUGUCAAGCUGCACCAGGUGGACAAGGACUCCGCGCUGUGGCAGGACAUGAAGGAGACCAACACCGAGUACAUACUGCUGAAUGUCACCUUCCCCGACAAUUUCCCCUUCUCCCCGCCGUUCAUGCGCGUCCUGACGCCGCGGCUGGAGAACGGAUACGUGCUGGACGGCGGCGCGAUCUGCAUGGAGUUACUAACGCCCCGCGGCUGGUCGAGCGCGUACACCGUCGAGGCCGUGAUGAGGCAGUUCGCUGCCAGUCUGGUGAAAGGACAGGGUCGUAUCUGCAGGAAAGCAGGCAAGUCUAAGAAGGCCUUUAGUCGUAAGGAAGCCGAAGCGACCUUCAAGAGCCUUGUCAAGACCCACGAGAAGUACGGCUGGGUGUCCCCUCCCGUAUCCGACGGCUGAUGUCAGCAUCUUCAACCGCGAUCCCGACAUGGCUUUUUUCAGUUGGGUUUUCUUCUUUCCCAUCAUCAAACUUAACCACGAAAAAAAGCAAGCUAGCGCAUCAUAUCUUACAUAUAAACGUGGCACAUUCACCUUCACUCCGUCCUUCACUCUUCUUCAUUGAGGUGCCAUGGACCGAACACUUGCUGCGAC